AUGACGGGCAUGCAGCUCGACCCCGAACACGAAGCCCCCCACGCCGCAUCCGAGGCGCCCGUCCGCAGAGCUCCAGCCUCGCCACGCACCUCGGAGCGCAUCCGGGCGCAGAACCGCCGCCGCGAGUGGCUCGAGCAGCACCCGUCGUACUUUGAGAGCGUAGAGCACGAGCUCGCAGACCCCAUCCUGUACGCCCGUCUGGUCAAGGCCUUCCAGACCGACGCAGAACGGCAAACGGAGACCCAGGAAAAGGGCUUCGGGCGCAUUCUCGAGGCGGACCUCGCGCGCGGCGAGCAGCGCGUCGCCGCCGCCGCCGCCAGCGAUCCCUCCGCCGAGGCGACCAACGCCGGUUCCUCGGCGCAGCUCUCCAACGGCGCCAACGGGCACUCCCACGUGCGGACUGCCGACGCAAGCACGGGGAUCGACAACCCGUGGGAUGCGGAGGCGGAGGACAGGGCGGAUGGUCGCGAGCUGUGGCGCCUGUUCUUGCAGGAGCGCUUCAUCCGCGGGCGCGACGAGGAGUUUGACUAUGACGCCGUGGACGGCGACUGGGAUCUGGACGUGACGGCGCGUAGGGAGGCGCAGGAUGAGUGGUUCGAGGAUGAGGAGCCGACGUGGGCGGAGGGGGAGGAGCGCGCGAGGACGGGCGAGACGGGCGUUCAGGACUUUUGA